UUUUUUUACUUCCGGUCAGCACGCGUAACAAACGACCCGGAUGUCUUUGAAGUCCUCCAAAGUGAGUUCCACUAUGCGGGACGUGCUCCCAACUGUGAGCGGCGCUCGUGACUCGGCUCGGAGCAGUUUUCCGGGUGGUUUUGGGUCCGGCUCGUGCGGCGGUGUCAGGCUGAAGGAAGGAAGAGCCGAGUCAAGUUAGUGUCGGUGUUCCCCUCCAGCAUAUGCGACUGCAAUUCACGCCGGUAUUUUUGCGGCGACGACGAGGACGACUUUUGAGAGUUGUUUUCCGCGGGAUUGCGAACGUCUCGCGAGCUGUUCCGCGCGCGUGACAUGAGCGGGGAGCCAGCUGGGAAGUCCCCCGGCGAGGAGCCGCGCUCGGGGGAAGCCCCGGAGAACGAGCCCGGGGACCAAGUGCCGCAGACGCGCCUGUACAAGCGCCGCUGGGCGACGGUGCUCCUCUUCAGCUGCUACUCGCUGUGCAACUCGUACCAGUGGAUCCAGUACGGCAUCAUCAGCAACAUCUUCGUCAAGUUCUACCAAGUGGACGCCUUCACCAUCGACUGGAUGUCCAUGAUCUACAUGCUGACCUACAUCCCCUUCAUCUUCCCGGUGACGUGGCUGCUGGACAAGAAGGGUCUGCGGGUGGUCGCCCUGGCCGCCACGGCGCUCAACUGCGCCGGCACGUGGCUGAAGGUGGCCAGCGUCCGGCCGCACCUGUUCGCCGUCACCUUCCUGGGGCAGUUCUGCUGCUCCCUGGCGCAGGUCUUCAUCCUGGGCAUGCCGUCCCGGAUCGCGUCCGUGUGGUUCGGGUCCAACGAGGUGUCCACCGCCUGCUCCGUCGGCGUCUUCGGGAACCAGCUGGGCAUCGCCAUCGGCUUCCUGGUGCCCCCCAUCCUGGUGCCCAAUGUGGACAACGUGGACACGCUGGCCCACCACAUCGGCGUCAUGUUCUACAUCACCGCGGGAGUGGCCACCUUCCUCUUCAUCCUCGUCGUCAUCUUCUUCCAGGAGCGCCCCGAGCUCCCCCCCACCACGGCGCAGGCCACGGCUCGAAGCGUCCCGCCCGAGCGCUACUCGUACGGCGCCUCCGUUCGGCGGCUCCUCCGCAACAGGCCCUUCGUCCUCCUCAUCGUCACGUACGGCUUGAACGUGGGUUGUUUCUACGCCGUUGGCACCCUGCUGAACCGCAUGAUCAUCGAGCACUACCCGGGCGAAGAGGUGAACGCGGGCAGGAUCGGCCUGACCAUCGUCAUCGCCGGCAUGGCGGGCUCGCUCAUCUGCGGCGUGUGGCUGGACCGCACCAAAACCUACAAGCAGACCACCCUGGCCGUGUACUUCAUGUCUCUCGUGGGCAUGAUCGUCUACGCCGCCACGCUCGGCCUCGGGCACCUUUGGGUGGUCUUCAUCACCGCCGGAGUUCUCGGUCGACGAUGCGUUCCUGUGCUUUUGAGGUUCUUCAUGACGGGCUACCUGCCGCUGGGCUUCGAGUACGCCGUGGAGCUGACGUAUCCCGAGUCGGAGGGGACGUCCUCCGGCCUCCUCAACUGCUCGGCGCAGGUCUUCGGCAUCGUCUUCACCAUCUGCCAGGGCAAGAUCAUCGACAAAUUCGGCACGCUGCCCGGAAACGUCUUCCUGUGCGUCUUCCUGCUGGUGGGCGCCGUCGUGACGGGUUGUCGGCCCCGACCGCCUUUGGAGCCUAAAAUCGGGACGAAUCCACUCGUAACGCACCUCAGACCCGAGGACAAUCUUCUGGGAUCAUCUUCGAAGAGGUGCUGCCCCUUCUGGUGCGUGCACCUCGGCCACCUGGGGGCGCUCUACUGCAGCCAUAUGGAUAUACACGAAGAAGACGGUCCUCUUCUGAAGCUUUGAGAGGUUUAUUUCACUUUCUCCGAAUGAUGUAGCUUUUGUCCGCCAUGCGAAACUACGCAUUCAAAUUCAAACGAUCCUGCACAGAGUUUCUCUCAGUUCUCUCGGCCCGUGUUUUUUUUGAAUCCUUAUUUUGCGACGAGACUCAAGUUUCGCCCGGCAACUCCUCUCCAAUCCCUCCUCGACCCCCCCCCCCCCCCCCCCCCCCGCCCCCCCGUGCAAUAAAUGUCCAGCCAUCAUUUAUUUUAAUUCAAUCCCCCCCGUAGCCUCUCCUGGCGCACAGAUGAAAUGGACUGCUAACCUUGUAGGACAAGGACGCGCACGCCGUCCGCCGUCAGCCGCUGACUUAUUCUCCAUUCUUGCGGCGUCGAGGAGAGGCCGAGAUGAUGAAGAGAAAUAGUCUGGCAUGCAAAUCGCCGCCGCUGCCGUGUCCAAUGAGGAGGCCCUGGCGGAGGCUGUCGCCGUAGAAACGGCGGACGGGGGUCCCAGAAAACUCCCGUGAUUUAUCGGGCAAAGUGAGAGCUGACGAGAGAGAGACAAAGCGAGUGCGGGAUGGAAUUAGAUGAUGAGGCGACUUUAGGACGAGUGGAAUUGGACCGGCGAGGGACGACGGCUGUCCCUUCGAGCAGACGACUCGCCUUCGCCCGCUUGCUGACUUCGAGCGACUCCUGCGCCUUUAAAACUACACGUGAACAUUUGUCCGUGUUUGUGUGGCUGCCGAAGAUCUUGAUCUCUCCACAUUUCUCAACUUCAACAUAUUCACUAAAUUCAGGACAUCCGGGCUGCCAUUUUCCACGUUCCCAAAAUUCCCAGAUUUCUCCCAAUUACAAAUGUUCAAUGCAGAAAAAGUCGAAUUUGGUGGAGGAGACAUUUAGAAAGUUCCCAUUCCAAAUUGUUCAGUUCAUUCAGAACAUCUCAGGCAGGGACUUUCAGUUCCCGAAUUCCAUUUUUCCUCGUGAAAUUCCCCAAAUUCCCCCCAUUUAAAAGACAAAAUUCUCAGAUUCAAACCAUUCCAACUUCAAAAUGUUCAGCUGAUGUCGUACAUUUUGGGACUCACUUUUCCAAAUUCCGCAUCUUCACACUCAAAUUCCCAUUUAAGAGAUAUUCUCCACUGCCCCACUUUUUGGGAAUACUGCAACAUGGAGUUCACUCUCGAAAGUGUUCCCGGUGAUCUCAUGAUGAGUUUGAUUUGACAUCCUUGAGGUGAUGAAAGUGAACCUUGUGCUGAAUUUCAUUGGAAAGCUGAGGGGCCACUAGAGGACAGUAUUCAACAACAAGCAGCAGUUCAUCUUUCGUCACAUCUGGUGCUUCCAAUUUGAUUUUAUCGUUUGAACAUGAUCAAUUGCACACGCGCACACAAAUUAUACGAGCAUUGUGUCACAAAAGAAUCCAUAUUUGUAGUCUUUUUCAGUCUCAAAACAGGAUGUUAUUCCUCACAAUGUUGUCGUUAUUAUUAUUAAAUCAAUCUGACCGUGGCCGACAUUUACAGUACAUCAUCUUAUUUGCUGUCCUGAAUGCGGAUCCUCGGUCCAGGUGACGACAUUAUCUUUUGUGAAGUGUCUGUGGGCCUCGUCUCGUUUUGUGUGUGAGCUGCACAUUUAAAGUAAGUCGGGACGCAAAUAUGGCGGCCGCCGUUUCCACGCCACGUCACGUGGCGAAAAAAGGAAAUGUGAUUACACGCCAAUGGAAAGGACUCUCAUUGGUUUGCUUUGUGCAGAUGUGAUGCUCUUCCGCCUUCGCAGCGGACAACGAGGCGCUCUAAAGCUGCCGCGCUAGCCAGAAGCCCUGGUUCACAUGUUGGCUGUCUCAUCUGACUGAAAUUCCCUCCUCCUCGCUCUUCCGGCUUUCUCUGCCUGACAUGCGUGCACUCGCGCCCCACAACGAGGCGCUCUAAAGCGGCUACGGCGGCGUAAAAGUGUUGUUAAUGCUAAUUUGCGACAGUUAUUAUCGGAAAAAGCGCGACACGCUCCAUACGAUUGAAGUGAGACGGCCGCGACAAGCUCGAGCGGCAAACUUGCGUGGCUUUGGCUGGAACGCGGCGAGGACGAGAUUAGCGCGGUGUGUCCCCGGGGUCCGGCUUGGCACUCCAUUUCCUAAAUUGACAGCGGGAGAAACUCUAUUCCAGCGGACGUGAUCAACGAGGCGGCGAGAGAGGCGUGAUGAAUGGCAGCAGAUGACUGACAGCUCAUAAUAUGGGAGGGAAAAAAACAAAACACGGAGAAGAAGCCUGAAACUUGAUCUUGUGGUAUUCACCUGACUGGCAACAUGAACGCGCUUGUCAAUUCUUCUUGUUGCUUGGGUUAGGGUUAGUGCGCAAAAGUCUUGGGACACCUCAAGCUUUUGAACUCCCACGCGGUUCAUCAUUCGCCCCCCACUCACUAUAUUGCAGAUUUUUAAAGGUUUUUAUUUUUUUGAAGUAUACAGUCCAUAUAAAAAGUUGACACACCCCGUUCAAAUGUCAGGUUUUUGUGACCUAAAAAUAAUGUGACCUAAAAUCGGACUUGAUUUUAAGAAAAAUUUCGAAAGGGGAAGUAAAAGUAAAGAACUGAAAUAAUAUGGCUAUUUUCCACACCCACCAGCAAUAGGUGAAAAAACAAGAAAAUACACUCUAAAUUUGUCUUUAUAGUCAAUAUGAAAAGUCUACACACCCUCGUCCAAAUGCUACCACAGGCACUUUUUGAAUUGAAUUGAAUGUCAUUUAUUUUGGUCAGCAUAAGAAAUGUAACUUUAAAUGGUAGCGGCAAGAUGAGUUUGAAAGGGAUUGGAUAACUCUGAACGCAGCCAAAUCCAAGUUAUAAGAGGGUUUGCACACUUGUACACUUAUUUUUACUUCCCUCUGCAAAGCUUUAAAACUUUUUUGGUGAGUUGAGACCACGGGUGAAAAGGUUUUGAGAUUAUUUAUCUUGGCCCCCUUUUUUUGUCACAAAACCUGGCCUUUGAGCAGGGGUGUGUAGACUUUUUAUAUCCACUGAACAGGUCAAUUUGGAGAGGAUUUCUCUUGGCUUUUUAUCGCUGGGGGUCUGGAACGCGAUAAACGGGGUGUUUACAACUUUUUCAUUCCUGAUUGGGCAAAUGGAAACAACUCUUUGAGCAUGGGUCUUGCUGUUUUGGUUAGCAACAGGGUCCAAAUGAGCUUUAAUGUCUGUGUGUGAACAAUAGCAUCCAUGAAAUAAAAUAAUUACACUUAAGUGGUGCCUUGAGAUAUGAUUUCAGUUUCCAUUUUCCUGUUGAAACGAAUGCAAACGCCAGUAAUCCAUCACACCCGCCCCCGAAACACUCAAAUUCUUUUGUAUUUGUUUGUAUUUUCAUAAGAAAAAUUGUACUCAAUAUAAUUCUACACACAGUCGGGCUGGGGAAAAAAAGACUAACUGGGUUGAGUUGACUUAAAGAAUAGGUGGACGCAAAAUUUCUCCCUCGACGCUCCGCUGGAUCCCCCCC